CACCGCGCACGAUGGCUGCGGGAGGUUUUUUGGCAGAUUAAUCAUCUCCCUGCUCACGGUGGAAUGGGCGCUGUUUGGGUGUCUUCCGUAUGUGGUGAUGGCCACCGACGCUCCUGACGAUGUACCGACGGGCUGUCUGGAGCACACCGUCACGUCAGGGACGUUCGACGAGUACUACGCGCUAGAUGACAUCGGUAACGAACCUUCCGAGCGGUACAUCCUCAACGUCAGCCUGACAGUGGAGCUGCUCAGUCGCCAGGAAGAGCUCGCGAUACUUCUAUCCGUUCAGAACCGUUCCGGUCAGCAUCCGGACUUUGCGCGUACCUACGAGAUGCGACUGACGAAUGUGUACACUGUGGUAUACCGCGAGACACUCAAGAUGCAGGCGUACCACAGUCCAACAGAUAAGCUGUUCCCAUCCGAUCGCUUCCGGUUGCGAUUUCUCUUGACGCGCGAUGGCAACCUAACCGUGCUGGUAAACGACCAAACCACUCGUCGCCCUCUGCUGGAGGUUGUGGACGCUCGACCAGCCAUUGACGUGCAGUUCGUCAGCUUCGCGUCUCGUAUGAACGCAUACCCGGUACGGUUCUACCUUGGCUGUGGGCUACCGCAGUACGCCGCAGUUGAGGUGACAGCUGACGGAAUAGCCGGCGCUCCAGCUAGUCUCCCGCUUACGGAGAACGCUUCCUGCCCGGUUUGCCCCAAACAGCGUUGUGAGGUGAUCGUGAAGGCGUGUGGUGACUCCGGUACCAAAGAUACCGCCUCUACCGGUGAGCUUGAGCAGCAGCGGUACUACUUCUACUUUAACCUCUACCUAACACGGAACCGCACGCGAUCUAACCCUCUUCUGGCCGGUGGUCAACGUCGUACAUCUGACGAGGGUCCCUAGGACCUAGUACAGCUCCAGACGUUCGGUGGAGUUGGACAGCGCUACCUCGAUAAUGGCUGGGCCCGAAAAUGUCAGCCGGGCCGGGUUUUGUGUGUGGCUGGCGAAACAUCUUCAUACCACAACCAGAAGCG